CGUCUGUCAACGUCUUUCUCUCUUUUUCUGCAAUCCUCCUCUCAUACCACCAAGUAGAGAGACAAGGAGGGCUCCUUCGAAAGGUUCAGAGACCAGAAUCUCAAGAUCAAUAUGGGUGCUUGUGCUAGUGUUUCAAAGAACAUGAGGGAUAAAGAAGCAGAGGUCCCUGCUACCGAACCCAUCAAGGAGGAGUCCGCUGAGGGUGAGCACACCACCAAGGAAGAGAACAAGGCUGAUGGAGAACAGUCUCUAGCUUCUUUGCUAGAUCAGCAGGUUCCGGCGGCAGACGAAGGCGAAGCAGAGUUGCCCAGUCAGGCGGUGGCUGCAGAGGAAAACAAGGAAGAAGUGGCAGCCGUAGCAGCAGCUACAGAGCCAGAAAAGAUUGCAGUUUCUGAGGAGGAACAGACGGAAGAGCAAAAGGAAUCGAAUUGAGAAACUGUAGAACAUAUGCACGCAGCUUGUCUCUUGGGAGAAAGUAUUAAAGGAGUUCUGGUUGUUGUUUGAUCCUUUUGCUUUAGUGCAAAAUAACUGACUUUUUUCCGU